AUGGCUCCGGACGACACCACCAAGCCCACGGCCGAGGAGGUCAUCACAUACGGCAGCCCUUCCUCCACAACUCCUCCUGACCUAAGACUCCUGCACUACAACGAUGUCUACCAUCUCGACUCGUCCUCAGCAGAGCCUGUCGGUGGCAUUGCUAGAUUCAUCACCGUGGUCAAGGACUAUCAGGAGGGCGAGCGCUUCAAGGACCAGCCGCACUGCCUGACCCUCUUCUCCGGCGAUGCCUUCAACCCCAGUCUCGAGAGUUCCAUCACCAAGGGCUCCCACAUGGUCCCCAUACUCAAUGCUAUCAAGACCGACGUUGCCGCCCUGGGGAAUCACGACCUCGACUUUGGUGUGACCCAGUUCAACCAGCUGAUGGGGAAGUGUCAUUUCCCCUGGCUAGUCGCAAACAUCCUCGAUCCGGCACUUGGCGAGAACGUCCCCAUCGGCAACGCGAGGCGCACUCAUAUGCUCACGGCCAGCAAUGGCAUCAAGAUUGGUGUCAUUGGCCUCGGGGAGCGAGAAUGGCUCGAGACCAUCAACUCCCUGCCGCCAGACCUCAUCUACAAGUCAGCCAGAGAAACUGCCAGGGAGCUGGCCCCAAAGCUGCGAGCCGAGGGCGCCGACAUGAUUGUGGCACUCACCCACAUGCGCGAGCCCAACGACAACAAGCUGGCCGAGAGCGUCGGUGACCAGAUCGACCUGAUCCUGGGCGGGCACGACCACUACUACUCGCACAGCCUCAUCAACGGGUGCCACGUGCUGAGGUCCGGGACCGACUUCAAGCAGCUCAGCUACAUCGAGGCACGGCGACCUGCCACCAACGGGAGCUCCCAGAGAUGGGAUUUUACCAUCUACCGCCGGGAUAUUGUCUCCUCGAUCGCUGAACACAAGCCGACCCUGGAGCUGGCCGAGAGGCUGACUGCCAAGCUGAAGCAGUCCCUCGAGAAGCCCGUAGGCUGGACUGCCGCCCCGCUCGACGCACGCUUCACCACAGUCCGCCUGAAGGAGUCCAACAUUGGCAACUUUGUUUGUGAUAUUAUGCGCCACCACUACAACGCCGACUGCGCCCUCAUGGCCGCCGGCACAAUUCGUGGAGACCAGAUCUACCCGCCCGGUCCCAUCCGUGUCAAGGACAUCACAGACUGUUUCCCCUUCGAGGACCCCAUCGUUGUUCUCAAGGUGACCGGCAAGGCCAUCCGUGAGGCUCUUGAGAACAGCGUAAGCCUGUACCCGGCGCUGGAGGGAAGAUUCCCGCAGGUGUCCAACAUCAGGUUCACCUUCGACCCCAAACGGCCGUCGGGCGAGAGAGUCACCGAGGUGGAUAUUGCUGGGGAUGGCUACCUGCCCGAGAAACUAUACGUACUCUCCACGCGUGGCUAUAUGGGUCGUGGAAAAGACGGCUACAAGUCCCUGCUCAUUGAGGAGGAAGGUGGUCAGGCGAUCGUGAUCGUCUCGGAGGAGAACGGAAUCCUCAUCUCCAUGCUCUUGCGACAGUACUUUAUGCAGCUCAAGGUUCUCGACAGAUGGACGCACCUAGGCCCCCACAUGAGCCAGCAUUGGGACAAAGUGGUCUCCAAGGUGACCAAGUCGCACCCCGUCCUCCCUCCCAAGAAGCCUACUCCGAACCCUAGCCCAGUAGCAAAGACGAACCGCCACAGGCACUCAGCAUCCAGCUGGGAGAACUGGACGCCAGCCAAGAUGCGAGCCCGGCGGUCCAGCGUCGGUCCCCUCACAGAGAGUGACACGGAUGUCGACCGGGAUACCGAUGUGCCUGCGGCCUCGCCCACGAGUCUCGAACGCUCGCUGUCGGGCAUUUCGGAGGAACAGGAGGAGAAGGAGCUGAGGAUCAUGAGGCGAGUGUUUGGGCGCUGGUGCAGGAAGGCAGGAGUGAACGCACUGGCAGAUGAUGAGCUCGAGGAGGACGAAGUCGACUGCGACUGGACGCAGGCCAUCGCACCCAAGGUGGAGGGUAGAAUUGUCAUGAUCGGCUCAUAG